CAUCAGCCCCGUUCAAGGAGUCUGGUCAGCGGCUUCUGGCAACACUGCUACGAGACAACACUUCAGGAGGCGCCGCGUUCGAGCCCCGUCGCUGCCACCCAUUUCCCUUAUCAUCUGUGGACCAUGGUGCAGUAACAAAUGGCUUCCGGAAAAUAGAAGGGGGGUCGAGGGGGGCGAGUCCAUCCCCGUAGAGGGGUCGACGGGGAUGAAGUCCCCUCGUUAGUCCACACAUGAAGAACAUUCAGUGCCCAGGAGACGCUGCAGCCCGUGACGAGAGUUCACUCCCUUGGGCUACCUACCUUGUCACGUGCCAGACCUCCACCCCAGAAAGCAGGACACAACUCUCAGCUGAUGCCUGGUACACAUGCACUGCUGGGUGGACAAGGGCAAGAGUGCAAGAUGACCGCCCAUCCAUCUCUACUCAGCCUGAAGACAGAAACCCAGGAUCUAUCAAAUGGUAGCUGAGCGUGUUAACCGCUGCACCACAUAACAUAGGAGGAUGUUGGGUGGCAGAUAGAGGAAACACCAGCAGAUACCCCUCAAGCUGCCAGCCACACAUUGCUGCCCGCUGUCUUGCUACCCUGCCACUGUCUCCUGCCUUGUUGUGGGUUCCUGGCUGCCAUGCUGCAACCAUCAGCCUUUGCUCUUCCUUGCAAGAAUCCUGAAGCUCAUCAUGUCUGCGACCUUGUGUGUUAAGAAGAGGAAAGUGGACCUCGAGGGUCGGACCUUCAACCCCGAGUGGGAGAAGUACUUCUUCAUCGAGCGCUUUGGACAGGCCCAGUGCCUCAUAUGCCACAAGACUGUGGCUGUCCUGAAAGAGUACAAUGUGCGCCGCCACUGGGAGAGACUGCACCAGUCGUCAAACUUUGCGUCGAUGUCUGCCGCCGAAAGGAAGGACACCAUCGUUAGACUGUCACGCAACCUGCAGACUGCUGAGGCCGACAAGGUGACACGCGCCAGUUAUGAGGUAUCCCGCCUCCUUGCUCGCCGGAUGAAGCCAUUCAUGGAUGGGGACUUCAUCAAGGAGUGCCUCGUUGCUGUGGUGGACUCCGUCUGUCCAGAGCAGCGUUCUACCUUUGAGAGUGUGAGCCUUUCGUCCUGCACCAUUCAUCGUCGCAUAGAGGAGAUGUCGGACAGCGUGCAUGACUCACUCAAGACCCGCAGCUCAACCCUCGUCGCCUUCUCCCUUGCGCUUGACGAGAGCACCGACACGAAGGACACGGUCCAGCUGGCCAUUUUCAUCCGUGGGGUCACCGCUGACCUCCAGGUGUGUGAGGAAUUCCUCCAGCUUGUCCAGCUGUGCGGCACCACCACUGGGCAAGACAUCUUCGAAGCCGUGCUUCAGUGUGUGGAGCAGCACUCCCUGGACCUCUCCCGUCUUGUGUGUGUGACUACCAACGGUGCCCAGGUGAUGAUUGGGGAGAAGAAGGGUGCCGCUUCGCUGCUAGUGCACCACUGUGAGGCCGCCGGACACACUCAGCCCAUCCACAAGGUGCACUGCAUCGUCCACCAAGAGGCCCUGUGCGCCAAGUCUGCCAACCUCGUUGAUGUCAUGUCUGUCGUAGUGAAGGUCGUCAACUCCAUCCUCUCCCACAGCCCUAACUACCGCCAGUUCCAGGUACUGAUGAACGAGGUAAACGUGCACUACAACGACCUGCUCUACUUCUGUGAGGUCCGCUGGCUGAGUCGUGGGGCCAUGCUGUCCCGUGUGUGGGACCUACAGCAGGAUAUUGCCACCUUUCUCCGUCAAAAGAACCUUCCCCACGCUUAUCACUUCUCCGACCCGCGAUGGCUCACGCGCCUGGCCCUGCUCACAGACAUCACUACACACCUGAACGCCCUCAAUGUAAAGCUGCAAGGCAAAGACAUUCUUGUGACAGACAUGCAUGUGUACAUCACCGCCUUCGAGGUUAAGCUGCGCUUGUGGGAGGCUCAGUUGGCUAUUGGCCAUUUUGUGCAUUUUCCUUGCCUUGCUGCUUGUGCCUUUGACGACGUGGGCCUGGACACUUGCGUUAGUGUCGUCGCCUCUCUUCGGAAGGAAUUUGCCUCCCGUUUUGCAGGAGUCAGGCUGCUGGCUGCAGACUUCAAGCUUUUCACCUCCCCCUUUGACUUCCCCGUGGAAGACGCCCCUGCCCACCUACAGAUGGAGUUGGUGGAGCUGCAGUGCAACGAUGAACUGAAGGCGAAGUUCCGCACCUCUUCUCCGCUGUCCUUCUUUCGUGACCUCAUCCUCCCUUCUAGAAAUUUUCCAAAAUACAUUGCGCAUGUUCAACGCAUCGUGGCCAUGUUUGGCAGCACCCACUGUUGCGAAGAGCUCUUCUUCAAAAUGAAGUACACGAAGCCUCACCUUCGCUCCCAACUCUCGAACCGCCACCUCAACGACAUUCUUCUGUUGUCUACCUCAUCCAUAGAGCCGGACAUUGAAACACUUAUUCAUGGUAAGCAGCACCAGCCGUCUCACUGAUUUGUAAGUUUUUCAAUAAAAUUCUUGUAUAA